AGAAAAUAUAAGGUAGAAAAUUUGUGUUUUCUACUUUCCCCUUUUCUCUUUUCUCUUGUUUAUAUACGUGUAUAUAUAAUAUGCAUAUACCAUCUGGCUGUUCAAAAAUAGAAAACUCAUUAAUAAUUGAUAAAAUUAAAGGCUUAAUAUUUGGUGCUAUAUUAGGAGAUAGUAUUGGUAUAGCAACAGAAGGAUUAUCCAAGGAUGACAUCAAAAAAAUCUAUGGAAAAGGGCCGGUGCGAUUUGGCAUGGAUGAGGAUGGAAUCCCUUUUAUAAGAGAUGAAUAUAGAUCCAAUUUUGAAGAAAAUGAUUUUGGUGAUGACACAGAACAGAUACUAUUGAUCAUUGAUUCCGUAUUAGAAAAUAAUGGCCACUUUCAUUCAAAAGACUAUACAUCAAGAUUAUUAGGAUAUCAUAGUGUAUCUAUAAAUACUCGAAAAAGAGCCCACUUGAAAAGCAUGUGUAGUGCUCUCGUACGUGCUCCUUUACUAGGCACACUAAAAUUUUGGGAUGGCACGAGUGUGAUUGAAAACACCACAAACAGUUGCCGAAUUACUCACUCAGACCCACGUUGUAUGAUAUCAUGUGUGAUUAUUUCUAUACUCAUUGCUAGACUUUUAAGAGGACAAGAUUUAGAGAUAAAGCAAAAACCUACACCUAUACCCACCCUACUUCACUCUCCUCCCUUGACAGAUUAUUUUAUAGACAGUCUUACGACAGAUCAAACCUUGCAAGUCUUGGUACGAGAUGUCAUCGAAACCAACAAGCAGGUCUUUCACGGCUCUUAUUGUGAUACUUUCUUUGCAUCCAAGGUAGACCAGGAUCAAAUGCUACACUAUUAUCAUCAACUGCUCGCUUGCUGCGAACCCAGCUCGUUGACUAGUCUUCAAUUGGAUAAGUCAGCAGAUGACGUCUUUAAAUCGCUAGGGGCCGCCAUGUACUGCUUUACAAGAGCCAUACCGCCUCAAAGCGAAACAGAGUAUUUCAAAAAAAUAAUCAUGGACGUCAUUAUGCAGGGUGGUGAAGCUGACAUUAACGCUACUACAGCAGGAGCUAUAUUAGGUGCAAGAUUAGGAUACAGUCAAUUACCAACUGAAUGGGUGGUUGGGAUGAGACGUUGGGAAUGGCUGGAGGAUAGAGUAGAUGAAUUUUGUGCAUUGUUUUAAAUAAACAACUUUAAUGAACCCUUAUCACUG